CGAGCGAACGAAUACUUUGGUUCUGCAGGCUUUAAUAAAACAAAGAAUUUAGCGAACAACUUGGUUCGAAAACUAUAUUGGUGAUACGUAUAAUGUAUCCUUAGUCCUUACUAUUCACGAUGGUUGAUAUAACAGAUUGGGAGCAAGUGUCUAGCAGGGUAAAAUAUAUAAUAAAAGAAAUCGACCCUAUCAAAUUAUUGCCUGUUCUUGAGUUAGCUGGUAUCCUAGGUGAGCAAGACGGUCAAUGUAUUUCGGCUGUAUGUACGGCCAAAGGGCCGAUUCACGCAACACAAAAUGAACUUCUCGUGCGGUUGAAGAAACGUGGCCCUACUGCAUUCCCAAACUUCGUGGCAGCUCUACGUGAAACAGGCCAAUCUCACGCCGCUCAACUAUUAGAUCCAACAUUUAAAGGUAAACAUUCCAUUUAUUUGCCAAAAUGUUUCAAUUAAAACGCCUCAUUUCACCGAAUUCAUGCAUCGGCACUAGACAAAAAUACUUGUGCAUGUCUAUCACCUCAGCAACCACAGGUGUCCGACCAAUAUGAAGUUGUCUGAUUGCAACUUCGCCGCAAUCGCAUGUGAAAAAAUUCCUUCUCGGCAUGGAUGUGGCUUUACCAAUG